CGCUUCGCCUCCUACUUUUUGUUGGGACCUGGGAGAGAACAUUAUCCCGCAGAGGUGGGGGGAAAACAGAAGAAAGAGAAACAGGUUGGACAUGUACGGGGUUGCUGUUUAGUCGUCUACAAUGCAAGCGGACGUGCUUUCACCGUGAUUUCGUACGAGGAGGUUUUUGUCUGGUAGUGUAACCCUCCCUCUCCCCCACCCCCCAAAAUGCUGAGUUUCCUGCGCAGGACGCUGGGGCGACGCUCCGUCCGCAAACAUGCAGACAAAGCCCGUUUACGGGAGGCCCAGCGUGCCACGACUCACAUCCCUGCAGCUGGGGAUGCAAAGUCUAUCAUCACCUGCCGCGUAUCCUUACUGGACGGGACAGACGUCAGUGUUGACCUGCCGAAAAAAGCCAAAGGUGAGGAGCUGUUUGACCAGAUCAUGUACCAUCUGGACAUCAUAGAGAAAGACUACUUUGGACUGCGCUUCAUGGACUCGGCGCAAGUGCCGCACUGGCUUGACAUUACAAAAAGUAUCAAAAAGCAAGUAAAAAUUGGCCCACCAUACUGCCUUCACAUGAGAGUAAAGUUUUACUCCUCAGAACCGAACAACCUGCACGAGGAGCUCACCAGAUACCUUUUUGUUUUACAGCUAAAGCAAGACAUCCUCAGUGGCAAGCUAGAGUGUCCAUUCGACACAGCGGUUGAGUUGGCCGCCUUCUCGAUGCAGGCUGAGCUAGGUGAUUGUGACCCAUUAGACCAUCAUCUGGACCUGGUGUCAGAAUUUCGCUUCAUCCCCAACCAGACAGAGGACAUGGAGCUGGCCAUAUACAACAAAUGGAAGGAGUGCAGAGGUCAGACACCAGCCCAAGCUGAAAUCAACUACCUGAAUAAAGCCAAGUGGCUAGAAAUGUAUGGGGUGGACAUGCAUAUGGUCAAGGCAAGAGAUGGUAAUGAGUACAGUCUGGGUUUGACUCCAACUGGAGUUCUGGUAUUUGAAGGAGAAACCAAGAUUGGGCUCUUCUUCUGGCCCAAGAUCACUUGCCUGGAUUUCAAGAAGAGCAAACUGACGCUUGUGGUUGUGGAAGAUGAUGAACAGGUGAACGGCAAAGAACAGGAGCACACUUUUGUCUUCAGGAUGGACCACCCCAAGGCUUGUAAGCACCUCUGGAAGUGUGCGGUGGAACACCAUGCUUUCUUUAGGUUGAGAGGGCCAGUACAGAAGAACUCUGCACGCUCUGGAUUCAUACGCAUGGGGUCACGCUUCAGAUACAGUGGAAAGACGGAGUAUCAGACAACCAAGGCCAAUAAAGCAAGGCGCUCGGCCUCCUUUGAGAGAAGGCCCAGUCGACGUUACUCCAGAAGAACCAUGCAGAACAGAGGGGCAUUCAAUCCCCAUGAGGUUAUUUCCUCGGGCAAUGGAGUCAGUUCCCACAAAGACAACAAGGUUUCCUCCAGUACAGGUGCCAGGUCAGCCGUGCCUGUGGUCAGCCCGGUAGCUGCUUCUGCCUGUGGACCAAUGGAAAUCGAGGCUCUACCCAGGAGUCCUGGAGGAGAAAAGAGGAGUAUGCCCAUGGUUGCUGACCUGAUGGAGACGUGCAUUGAUGAUGUCCUCAGUGCUCCUGUCGUUCCCACAGUGACUGCUUUAGAUGAGGCCGGACCAAGCAACGCCUAUGCUGCUUCCCCCUGUGUCACCAGGGAAGAUCCUCUCCCCCUCACUGAAGCAGCGUCUCGUCUAAAGCAGCUGGCGUUGGAGAGCAGUCCGCUUCUGGCUGCUCCAAGGAAUAACAUCAAUGUCAAUAUGGCCAUGAACAAUCUGGAGGAUGUGGUGAAGAUCACAGAGAAGUGUGGUCUGAGCAGUACAGGCAAUAGUCCAGUCGUCACUCCACUGCGCACCCCAGAGGAUCUGAAGAGUAACAUCCUGAAAGCACAAGCCGAGGCUGCUGCCCUCAAGGGAUCUCUGGAGGAACAAGUUGUAAUGGUUGGAGAUAAAAAUUGUAACUUGCAUGAAGCUUCUGCCAGGUUGAAGGUGCGUACCGGGCGAAUGGGCAGUAACACAUCACUGUCCGUUAGCAGUCGCCCUGACAUCCAAGACUCAUGGGACCUGCUCAAGCCAUCCUCACUGGUCUCAUCGGCAGGAACCAGUGCGGAGAGGCUAGCUGAAGAUUUAAACCCUGGUGUUCCCAAGAUGCCCUCUGAAUCUGCCAGCGACAGCACGGCACCAAAGGUUAAAGCAGAGGAAGGUGACAUGCACAAGACCGCCCCACUGUCUGAAAACCUGAUCGAUUUCACAGAUCCAACUCCUGUGCUACCACCAGUGCAGCAGCCCAAACCGGUCAUCACACCUCGCUGGAUCAUUCCUACAGCUGCUCCUCCUGGCGCCUUUACUAACGGCCUGCUCGACCUUGACCCCCCUGCUAAGGUCAUCCCUCUUCUCCCUGCAGAUGGGGGAGCAGCUCUCACCCCAGCCCUCCCCCACCUCGCUCACGCACGUAACACCAACUCCGCCAGCACUGUGGGUCAACAGCCAGCCUCGGAGGAUGGAGCCAAACCCAGAGGUCUCCUGACCACUGAGCUCUGAUGGAGGAAUGAGGAGCAGCCAACGUUGUCGGCCUCCCUGACUGCUUUCUCACCUCACCUCAUCACACCCAUCCCCCUCCCAUCCACACACAAGCAAGCUGGGCCAGGUGUGCUGAACACUGAGGGCUAAGAGGAAAGUUGAACCAGGGAAGAGGCAGCUUACAAGCACCACAAACACAUACUGAACAAACUGAACUAAGUAAACAGGAAAAUAAUAGGACUAUGAUACAGUUUUUCAUGAUAACAUGACACAAAGCCUAGUGUUUGUAAAAUACUCCAGUAUUUUAAGAAUUUUAAGAAACAUUUUAAGAACACCCAACUUGUGAAUCUCCUGUUUGAGUUCUCUGUCAUUGACCUCCCAUUUGCGUAAUCCAUCCAGUCAACCACACCUUUCUGAGAACUAGCACCAACUCCUUGUAGAUGAAAAGUCUUGUUGUUCAACUUGGUUGCUACAGAGUUCGGGUUGGGACUGACACACUACAAUCUCAUGACACUGUAAGGUGCGUAGCAUAACAGCAUCCACCGCUGGCUUAUGACUUAAAGGGUAGGUUGUCUCUUCUAGUGCUGCUUUCCUCCCCCUGUUUUUUGAAUGGUGCUGUUUUAUCACUGGUAAUUCACACCACUGGAUCCCUGCUACUAUGAGCUUUUCUGUACACAGAUUACACAGCAUGUAGAGCUGCUGAGGUACACUGGAUGAAGGACUAAAAAGAGAAAUCUACAAAAAAGAAAGACGCUUAAAAUCUUUAUUCUAAGAGAUAAAAAAAAAACCCUGGACUCUUGACUCGAUGAAACAUGCGGAUAUGAUGCUGCACUGUCCUCGUAGCACACUACAAACCUUUUUUGUUAACCCAGUCAAUAGAAAAUGUGAAACUCGUCUGUUGGCAGCCACUGGAUAUGAAACCUUCACUGGAUUAUCUUUGCAACACUGGACCUUGAAAGAACGUUUGACAAAGGAGGACAACUGAUGUUUUUAUUACCCUGCUCUUAAUUUUUAUCUUUAUUGAUGUUUUAAUUUGCCCAUCGCAGUACUUUUUUUCUUCUUUUUUUUUCCACCACACGUUUUGGUACCAGCAUCAUGAGGGAUUGUCAGUAAUGAAAGUUAUUUUUUUCUCUCUCUAUGUACAUGUCUACAAUAAUAUGAAAUUUUAACAUUUUGUCUUCUUCCACAUGUGGCAAUUAAUUUUAUCUUCUAAAUCAGCUGUGUAAAUGUGACAAGCGGUUGAAAUUAACUGUGGUCCCAGUUUUUGCAUUACUUAACUGGCUAUCUGAAGCCAUCAUAGACAGUAAUGUGACCCUUAUAGAACGUGGCUCCUGGUAUUAACAUGUUGUAGCUGCUGCCCUGCAUUAUGGAAAUGAAUGUAUUCAAAUGGUCUCAUCUGAGAAUGCUGGACAAGAAGCCACAGUGUGAAAAGUUUUACAACUUGUUAAAUUCACAGUUGCUGAUGUAGUUUAUGACUGGAGGAAACUUGAGAAAAACGUUAAAAGCUGAUUUUGUACAUUUUGAGGCCUAAUUCUACAUUUUGUGAGUUGUCAAUGAAGAAUAUCACAUCUGCUUAAAAGAUAGCAUUUUAUUUUAUUUUUUAUCUCAGUACCCCACUUCAAUCACUAAGUCUGGACUAUUAUUCAAGUUAUGUCUGUAGUUUUUUCAUCGUUAUGUUAUCAUUUUCUGUCUCAAACAAGGGAAGCUGACUGUUUUAUAAUGUCUUCUUAGCAGUGACGGUUAUUUAUGCUACUACUCAGUGUAAUUGUUCAAAUAUUACAUGAUGUCCAAAAGUGUGUUAGCGUACAGUUAUAAAGUAUUGUCAGUAUAAUGGCAUCAGCUGGCUGUAGAUAUGAAGUAGUCUUAUAUAUAUUUUUUUGAAAAUUGUGUUGGCAGUAUUGUUACUACACACCGAGAAGAUUUCAGCAUUGAGGUGUUUUCUAAUUACAAACGAAGUAGGAAAGGUAUCACUGAUUGAACUGAGAUUCUGACGUCUCUAAUGCAAUUUCUAUAUAAACUUUUUUUCUGGAUACCUGAACCAAUGUUAAGUAAAGCUUUGCUACAGUAGGA